GGACUUUGUGGCUCCAAGAAGGCCUAGGGCUUUCCAUCUUCCUUCUCGACGAGGACUUCGGCGUGAGUGCUUUGUUCUUGGCAGGAGGCGGACGCUGGCGGCGUGUGGAGGUCACUGUCGAUCGAUCGAUCGGUUUCAUUCGGGAAAUGUGACUCGCGAGUGAUGGAAUUCGCGUGCGCGCAGGCUUGGCUCGUAAGAUCGGGAUCAAAGAUCGGCCAAUUCCGGGGGCCAGGCCGGGAUUUCGUGUUCUUGGGGAUCGAUUCUCCCAGUUCUUCGCCCCGGUCGCCUCAUCUGGGAGUACAGUAGCUCGGACAAGCCGUAAUAUCGAUCGAUCGAUCGACAAGGAUCAUGGAGAGCGGGGAUUCCGUGCUACAUUUUCCGCCUGGAUCGACGCCGGCCGUGAUUGUAGAUAUGUCUCCACUUCUAGGGGCGGGCACCAGCAGCAGUGGCUCCGGCGAGGAAGAAUGGAGGAGAAGUAGCGGUAGAGGUAGGAUACAGGGAGCCGCGAGGUUUUUCCGCCACGCCGGGAGUGGCAGGGUGAUGCGAGAAUCGUCCAUUCUCGUCCGCGAGACAGCGGUCGAGCAGCUUGACGAGCGGCAGAGCGAUUGGGCCUACUCGCGGCCGGUGGUGGUCCUGGAUUUGAUCUGGAAUUUGGCCUUCGUCACGGUGGCUCUAGUGGUGCUCGUCAUCAGCCAGAGCGAGCAGCCGUGCACUCCUCUUCGCAUUUGGGUGCUGGGAUACGCUCUACAGUGUGUACUCCACAUGUCGUGCGUUGUGAGUGAGUACCGGAGGCGGCGAAGGAGGCGAUCUUCCGGGGCUGGGAUGGAAUUGGAGGACAUGGAAGACAACGAGAUCGAUCACAUCAGCUUGGCCAAACGGCUGGAAUCUGCAAACACCAUGUUUUCGUUCGUAUGGUGGGUCGUGGGAUUCUACUGGAUUACUGCCGGAAGCGAGGCUCUGGUCCAGAGCUCCCCGCGAGUUUAUUGGCUGUGCAUCGUGUUCUUGGCCUUCGACGUCUUUUUCGUGGUGUUUUGCGUCGCGCUGGCUUGUAUGAUAGGCAUUGCCGUUUGCUGCUGCCUUCCGUGUAUAAUUGCCAUCCUUUACGCUGUUGUGGAUCAGGAGGGUGCCUCCGAAGAGGACAUCAGCGUAUUGCCCACCCUCAAGUUCAAGAGGGUGAAAAGUCCCAGUUGCAGUAGCACCAAACCAGACGAAGAGGACAAGGCAGCACUGCCUGCUGGUGGAGUCAUGUGCUCUUCGGAAUCUCUGUUUCAGCGCAUGCUCUCUGCCGAGGAUGCGGAGUGCUGCAUAUGCCUGUCUUCGUACGAAGACGACGCGGAGCUGCGUGAGUUGCCUUGCAAUCACCACUUCCAUGGCUCGUGCAUUGUCAAGUGGCUGAGGAUAAACGCUACUUGCCCCCUGUGCAAGUACAACAUCAUCCACCGGAGUAGCAGCAGCAGCAGGCGCAGCGAUUCCAUUGGUGGUGAAGACGAGGUAUGAAGCAAGCAGCAAACAAGCAACCAGCUCCAGCUUUUCUUCCAUGGAGCAGAGGAUCAGAAUUUUGACAGAUUAAACGCUGGAGGCUGCUUCAAGAGCUUGUGUUGCUGCUGCUAAUUCUCUUGUACAAAACUCUGAUGUUAUCAAAUUCAGCUGGCUCACAGCUCAACCCAGUAUCCUCCAGCCUCAAAGAAGAAAGCACCCACCGAUGAGAAAUUCUACAUUUGAAAGAAUGCUUCCUAAAACCUCUCAGAAUGGGAUCUUUGUCAGAUAGUAUCCGAAUUAAAACAUGUUUAAACAAA